GCGUCUUACGAGGCGGGCGCCCGGCCGAUGACAUAAAAGCCGGGCUCGAGGAGCCGCUCGCGGAGUUUGUGCUGCUGCGGCGUGGGUAUGGCGUCUCGUGGGCGGAGACCGGAGCACAGUGGGCCCCCGGAGCUGUUUUACGACAAGAAUGAAGCCCGGAAAUACGUGCGCAACUCACGGAUGAUUGAUGUUCAAACCAAAAUGGCUGGGCGAGCAUUGGAGCUCCUUUAUCUGCCCGAGGAUCAGCCUUGUUACCUGUUGGAUAUUGGCUGCGGUUCUGGGCUGAGUGGAGAUUACCUCUCGGAUGAGGGGCACUACUGGGUGGGCAUUGAUAUCAGCCCUGCCAUGCUGGAUGCUGCCUUGGACAGAGACACGGAAGGAGACUUGCUUCUGGGGGACAUGGGUCAGGGCAUUCCCUUCAAACCAGGCUCCUUUGAUGGUUGUAUCAGCAUUUCGGCUGUACAGUGGCUCUGUAAUGCUAACAAGAAGUCUGACAUUCCUGCCAAGCGGCUGUACUGCUUUUUUUCUUCUCUUUAUUCUGUUCUGGCCCGGGGAGCCAGAGCUGUCCUGCAGCUGUACCCUGAGAACUCAGAGCAGUUGGAGCUGAUCACAACCCAGGCCACCAAGGCUGGCUUCACUGGUGGUGUGGUGGUGGACUACCCCAACAGCGCCAAAGCCAAGAAGUUCUACCUCUGUUUGUUUUCUGGACCUACAACCUUUAUACCAAAGGGCCUGGAUGAAGAUGAGGAAGAGGAGGCCAGGGAGUCCACGUUCACGACUGAGAGACUUCUAGGACAUUUAAGAGGCAAAAGGGGCAGACGAUGGAUGAAUUUGGAAAUCCCACGAAUGGUGAAAAUCAUGAGUGUGGCCCUCCUGUCCACCACGGGCUCCCUCUUGUCCUCACACUGGUGCCUACAGAUGACAUGUCCUAACUGUAAACUUAGGGUCCCAUGUAGGAUGCUGAGACGGGGGCUGGUGAGGAAGAGCCGAGGGUGGGUGCUGGAGAAGAAGGCGCGGCGCCGGCGGCAGGGCAAGGAGGUCCGACCCGACACUCAGUACACCGGCCGCAGGCGCAGGCCCCGCUUCUGAGCAGGCAGCUGUGCCCAAGGGGACAAUGUGGGGACUGCACAGUCAUGAGCUGUGCCACCCGGCCCAGGCACUGGCCUCGGGAGAGUUUUCUGUAUUGACGUGCCUACUUUAUCUGCUGACAAAAAUAGUGUUUUAGAAAAGUUCUACAAAGUUUUAAAGUUCAAAUAUUUUCUUCGCUAAAGGUUCUGAGAGCGUAUUAUUUUUGUUCUAAAAGCAGUAAGCCACUUUCUGUGGAACUCUGGCAUUUUCUAGCUCUGUGAUCCUCAAUAAAUUUCUGAAGUUCCUCUA